GUCAGAGGGGAAGCCUUGUCAGGAAAGGCUGGGCUUGAGAUUGUAGCUUGACAGUAUUGCCGAGAGAGCAUGAAAUCAUUUCGGUAAAUGAAGUUUGAAUUAGCGACUCCAUAAAAGAGCUGCAAGGGAGAAAAGAAUGGACUUCUAGUUGCUCAUAAAUCCUGCCAAAGCAUACCAGACAUUGGACAGGGAAAAGAAGCAUGAGGAAGAGAGAGAAGGAAACUCCAGAAUACAAAAGAUACUUGCAGUUCUGAGUACCCUAAACUGUAUCCAAAACCAGACGUGGACGAACAUUUCCAUUCAUGCUUUUGACUAUUCCCGGUUGACUCAGCUCUCCAGUUUCCUCUUCCUGCCUUGAAGGAUGUUUCUUCAUUUCCUGGGUUUGCAUAUGGCUUUCCUCCAGAGGACUAUAUCGCUCCAGCCCUGGACUUUGUCUCGCAAGAUGAAAUGUUGACGCCUCUGGGGAAACUGGACAAGUACGCUGCAAGUGAGAACAUAUAUAACAGGCAAAUGGUGGCCCGAAGUUUACUGGAUACUUUGAAGGAAGUCAGCGAUGAUGAGAGAGACUGUAUUGCUGUGUUGGAAAGAGUCAGCAGAUUAGCCGAUGAUUCAGAACCAACUGUGAGAGCAGAACUGAUGGAACAGGUGCCUCAUAUUGCAUUGUUUUGUCAAGAAAACCGGCCUUCAAUCCCUUAUGCUUUUUCCAAAUACUUAUUGCCUAUCGUGGUUAGGUAUCUUGCAGACCAGAAUAAUCAGGUGAGAAAAACAAGCCAGGCAGCACUGCUGGUUUUGCUAGAGCAAGAGCUUAUUGAGCGAUUUGAUGUGGAGACCAAAGUAUGUCCAGUUCUUAUAGAACUAACUGCUCCAGAUAGCAAUGAUGACGUAAAGACCGAAGCCGUGGCAAUAAUGUGCAAGAUGUCUCCUAUGGUUGGAAAAGAUAUAACAGAGAGACUUAUUCUGCCCAGGUUUUGUGAGAUGUGCUGUGACUGCAGAAUGUUCCAUGUUCGAAAGGUUUGUGCUGCCAAUUUUGGGGAUAUUUGCAGUGUAGUUGGGCAGCAAGCCACCGAGGAAAUGUUGCUGCCUAGGUUCUUCCAGCUUUGUUCUGAUAACGUGUGGGGUGUCCGAAAGGCCUGUGCCGAAUGCUUCAUGGCUGUUUCGUGUGCAACAUCACAAGAAGUUCGCCGGACAAAGUUGUCAACACUUUUUAUUAAUCUGAUCAGCGAUCCUUCACGAUGGGUUCGACAAGCUGCCUUUCAGUCUUUGGGGCCUUUCAUAUCAACUUUUGCUAAUCCAUCUAGUUCAGGCCAGUAUUUUAAAGAAGACACUAAAAGCACAGAGGAUCAAACGCUGUUAGAAAACAAGAGCAGCGAGAACAUAAGGAGUACAGAAGAUGUUUCGGAGGAUAUUAAAAUUAGGACUGAGGAGAUUCCUUCAAAUACCAGUAUCAGUCAUACCGAAGUCACACUUGAAAACGCCAUGGAAGUUCACAAUCGAAUGUUAAGCAAAACUUGGGAUGAAACUAAUGACCAGGUGGAUGUAUCUUGCACUUUGACUUCAGAGUCUUGCCGGGAAAAAGUUGGCGAGAACGAGCAGAGUUCCGGUAACUGUAGUACGGCAUUGUUACAGGAGACUGAGAACAGUUCUCAGGAACCGCCUCUUCCAGAGCAGGAAUUGUAUAACUCCUUCCACUUUUGGAGGACUCCUCUUCCUGAUAUAGACUUAGAUCUAGAGCUGGAACAAGCUCCUGAGGUGAGAUCCUGCCCAGGGAGUCCGGAAGGGACCGAGGAAGACACGGCACCAGGGUCUCCAAAUAUUUCCAUGGCUACCCGGAAGGAACUUGAAGAAAUGAUAGAAAAUUUGGAACCCCAUAUUGAUGAUCCAGAUGUUAAAGCACAACUGGAGGUGUUGUCUGCUGCAUUACGAGCCUCCAGCCUAGACACUCAGGAAGAAAUGAUGGACAACUUAGACAGAGAAAAUGACUUGCAAGAUGAACAGAGAGUCAAAGAUCUGCUAAACUGUAAACUAACUCAGGAUGAUUCUGUGCCUUUAAUCAACGAUGCUGUUGAGAACAUGGAUUCCACUCUUCGCUAUAUUCACAAUGAUUCAGACUUGAGCACCAAUAGUAGUUUUAGCCCUGAAGAGGAAAGAAAAUCCAAAGUACAAGAUGUUGUACCUCAGGCCUUACUCGAUCAGUAUUUAUCCAUGACUGAUCCUUCUCGCGCACAGACUGUGGAUACGGAGAUCGCGAAACACUGUGCCUACAGCCUUCCAGGGGUGGCAAUGACCUUAGGUAGGCAGAACUGGCACUGCCUGAGAGAGACUUAUGAGACACUAGCAUCAGACAUGCAGUGGAAAGUUAGAAGAACACUGGCCUUUUCUAUCCAUGAACUUGCAGUCAUUCUCGGAGACCAGUUGACUGCUGCAGAUUUGGUCCCAAUUUUCAAUGGAUUUUUAAAGGACCUUGAUGAAGUCAGGAUAGGUGUCCUGAAACACUUGCAUGAUUUUCUUAAGCUUCUUCACGUUGACAAAAGAAGAGAAUAUCUCUAUCAGCUUCAGGAAUUUUUAGUUACAGAUAACAGUAGGAACUGGCGUUUUCGAGCGGAGCUGGCUGAGCAGCUGAUUCUACUGCUAGAUCUCUACAGUGCCAGAGAUGUAUAUGACUAUUUACGACCCAUUGCUCUGAAUCUGUGUGCAGACAAAGUUUCUUCUGUUCGUUGGAUUUCCUACAAGCUGGUUAGUGAAAUGGUAAAGAAACUGCACUUGGCCACAUCAGUAACAUUUGGAGUGGAUCUCAUGAACGAGCUGGUGGAACGCUUUGGUAGAGGCCCCAAAUGGUCUGGCCGACAGACGUUUGUAUUUGUCUGCCAGACCAUCAUUGAAGAUGACUGCCUCCCCAUGGACCAUUUUGCUGCGCACUUGAUGCCACAGUUGCUCAAUUUAGCCAACGACAGAGUUCCGAAUGUUAGAGUGUUGCUGGCAAAAACGUUGAGGCAAACCCUUCUAGAAAAAGAAUAUUUCGUGAAUUCUGCCAACACUCAUCAGGAAGCCGUGGAACAAACACUUAUGGCUCUUCAGAUGGAUCGGGACAACGAUGUCAAAUAUUUUGCAAGCAUUCACCCCGCCAGCAGCAAAAUUGCCGAAGACGCCAUGAGCACGGCUUCCUCGACAUACUAGAAAAGCGGAGUCGGACUGUGUCUCCAGUAAGCAGUACCGAGCAAAACCGUCCACAAGUGCUCUUCCCAAGGGGUGACCGGCUAGGACCGACCAGCUUUUCUGAAAGAGGAAAGAUCUUUCUCUCUCUCUCUCUCUGUCUCUCUGCCUCUCUCUGCCUCUCUCGCUCUCCGUCUCUUUCGACAGGCUUAAAUAUAGGCAGAUGUUUCCUACACCUAACACCGGGGAUUUUAAGAGUCAAGUUAAAAGUAAACACUGUCCCCUCUUGACUCGAGGAAAGAACCAAUUUCUCAGAGGAUUACAAUUGCCACCAAAGCCUUAAGAUCCUUCUGUCUUCCUGAAUGAAUUAAACUCGAAUUGGCAGAGCAGUUUUCCCUGCAGGAGGGGGUUCUCCGAGAUUUCCCAAAGACCGGCAUCGUUUUCUCCGGGGGGGGUGAAUUUAGGAAAUCGAACUUAGUAACCGAUAGAAAGGCAGAUGCCAACCAGGAUGUAAAAGAGAACUCCAGUAUUGGCUCUAAAUGUUUUUAUCCAGGCAAAGACUUGAUGGGGGGGCUGUGGCUUGCUGCCAUACCCAUCCUUUAAAGUAAGUGUGAAUAGGUUUUGUGUUCGGGGGGUUUUUUUGACGUGUGUAAAUGCGGAAAGUAGAAACUUUUGGACUUCUCUUAAAGGGCUUGAUGCUAACACUAAACUAAACUUUGAUUUUAAUUCUUAAGUGCAGCAUAUUGCUGUAUCCUGUAGCGGAAAACUUUGCUGAGUACUCGUGUCCUAAUUGUUUUCAUGCUGGUCAUGAUCCGGAGGGAGCUUAUUAGCACGUGUGCUAUAUAUAUGUCAGGUAUUUCAAACUUGAUCAUGAUCAGCUCUGAGGUGCAACUUUUUCUUCACAUAUUGUACAUACGUCUGCGAAGACUCCCUUGGGAGCGUCACAGCCUUUAAUCAUGGUGUUUAAACUGUUCAUACAGGUUGUUCUCUACUUGUCCAAAUAAAAUUUAUUAAUAAGAUGG